AUGGGGAUCGACUCUAGCUCAACCCUUCUCGCUCUCGCCUUUAUCCCCCCUUUUCUCCUCUUCUUCUGGACUAUGUCUGCCACAUCCUCUUCGUCGCCGUUUGGUCUUACCUUCCCCAAUGUUCGGAAUAAGAGGAUAUGUCUUUUAAUAGCGCAUCCAGACGAUGAGGCCAUGUUUUUUGGACCAACGUUGUUGGCAAUGACUCGACCGGAGUCCGGAAAUCAUUUGAAAAUUCUUUGUUUGAGCUCCGGCGACGCAGACGGUCUCGGCCACAUCCGUAAAGAUGAACUAAAAGCCAGUGCGCUCCGGCUGGGCCUGCGCAGUGAAUCCGACGUUUUCGUCGUGGACGACCCAUCCCGCUUCCCGGACAGCAUGACCGCAACCUGGUCCGCAUCCGACAUUGCGACCCUCCUAGCUUCCGCGUUCGCACCCGAACUUUCCUCCACCACCAACGGCUCCUCCAAGUCCACCCAAAACCCUCCCAAUGCCACAAUCGACAUCCUCCUCACCUUCGACCAAUCGGGCGUCAGCAACCACCCCAACCACCGCUCCCUCUACCACGGUGCGCGCACUUUCCUUCAUAAUCUCAUGAAGGACAAAUCUGGCUACUCCUGUCCCGUAACCCUCUACACGCUAACUUCCACAAAUAUCUUGCGCAAAUACAUCGGCGUGCUGGAUGCGCCGUUUAGCAUGGUGCAUGGGCUUGUUGGAGCUGUCUUUGACCGGAAACGGCCGUCGAGUACGGCAAAGGACAAGCAGCCGAAGAGAUUGCUGUUUGUGAGUAGCAUUGGUGACUGGUUGGCUGCCGUGAAGGCAAUGGUACGCGCACAUAAGAGCCAGAUGGUCUGGUUUCGAUGGGGCUGGGUAUCGAUCGGAAGGUAUAUGGUUGUUAACGAUUUGAAGAGGGAGAAAAUAUAG